AUGUACUUCUUUCUCAGCGCAGUGUCAUACUUUUUCAUCUUCGAUCAUCGACUGAAAAAGCAUCCCAAGUACUUAAAAAACCAAGUCAAGAUGGAAAUUUUGUGUGCUUUGAAAGCUAUUGGUCCGAUCGAUAUAUUGGUCUUACCUAUCCAUUUAGCUCAGGUUCGUGGUCAUAGCAAGUUAUAUACUCAUGUUUCGGACAUCAAAGGGGUCUCGUGCUUCACAUUGAUCAAGCCAAUGCUCGAUUACUUGAAUUUGACCGAGAAAUUCCAAGACCAGAUUGGAGCCGCGCUACCCACACGCCUUCUAUCGCAAUAUCCUCUGGUCGAUGACACAGUCAAGCAACUCGCAGUCGCACUUCGGAGGACUCUUUAUUAUGAUUUCGGGGGCGGAUGGUCCUAUUUAAUCUUCAGCUACUUCUUGUUUUUAAUAUUUACUGAUUUUACAGUGUAUCUUAUCCACAGAAUUGAACAUCAUCCCUUCAUUUAUAAACACAUUCACAAGACCCAUCACAAAUGGGUGAUACCGACUCCCUUCGCAUCUUACGCAUUCCACCCACUGGAUGGCUUCUUACAAUCAGUGCCUCACCACAUAUUCGUUUUUAUCUUUCCAUUCCAUCGGUUCCUUUACCUUUUUGCUUUCCUCUUCGUUAUCGUUUGGACCAUCCUGAUUCAUGAUUCAGAAUUAAUCGUCGGUCAUAGAUUAGAAAAUCACAUCAACGGUCCAACCCAUCACACUCUCCAUCACAUGUAUUUUAACUGCAACUACGGCCAAUAUUUCACUUGGACAGAUAAGCUCUUUUCGACCUAUAGGAACCCUGAUAUGGAUGCUAAGUCAACACUCGAUUCGGCUAAACAGAAAUCCAUAACGCCGAAAGCCUGUCAAAAUUAG